UUCAGACACACUUCCACCAUUACUCUCUCUCUCUCUUCAAUCUUCUUACUCUCUCUCCUCAUUCUUCUUCCAGUUAAUGCACCCCAACAGUGUCAAGAUUGAAGGGUGUUCUUAAUUUAAUGCUCUUAAUCUGCAUUCUUGUGGGGUUCUUGAAUCUUGAUAGAUUGUUUGCUUGAUCUUUGUUGUUCAAGAUCUUGUAUUUCGGGUGUUUCGGCUGACUCGUUUGGAUUACUUUCGAUUAACCGAUGGAGAUUUCGGCCGAUAAAAACAAACCCACAAAUCUGCAAGUCAAAGGAGAGAAGAUGGUCACUAGGAAAUUUGGGGUUGAGAUCGGUAAUAACCGAAGAACACUAGGCGCGAUUAAUCUGAAAGGGGGAGCUCAGAUUCACCCUUGUGUUGUCCACAAGAGAGGUUUAUCACAGGCCAAUGGUAACAAUGAGAACAAUGUUAAUAGACCAAUCACAAGGAAACUUGCAGCUCAAAUUGCCAACAAGAAACAGUGUUUACCUGAGGUACCAUUGUCACUGCAUACCAAUGAAGAAUUUCAGGACGUUUUGAAGCCGAAACAGUCAACUGAGAGUUUUAAGAUAUUUGAAGAUGAGGAAGAUCAACCUGUGCCCAUGGCAUUGGAAGCAACCGAACCCGAAAAGGAUCUUAUGGAGGUUGAAAUGGAGGACAUCUUUGAAGAACCGGUUAUUGAUAUCGACAUUUCGGAGGCCAAAAAUCCGCUUGCUGUUGUUGAAUACGUUGAAGAUCUGUAUGCUCAUUACAGAAGGAUAGAGAGUUAUAGCAUGGUGUCACCAAACUAUAUGUUAACACAACAAUCUGAUAUCAAUGAGAAGAUGAGAGCCAUCUUAAUUGACUGGCUCAUUGAGGUGCACCACAAGUUUGAUCUUCAACAUGAGACACUGUUCUUGACGGUUAACCUGAUAGACCGAUUUUUGGCUACGCAAAGUGUGGUUAGAAAGAAGCUGCAGCUGGUCGGUUUGGUUGCCAUGCUGCUGGCUUGUAAAUAUGAGGAGGUUUCGGUCCCGGUUGUUGAUGAUUUGGUUUUCAUCUCUGACAAAGCUUACUCAAGAAGUGAUAUUCUUGAAAUGGAGAAACUAAUGCUGAACACAUUGGAGUUCAACAUAUCAGUUCCAACACCAUAUGUGUUUUUGAAAAGAUACCUAAAGGCGGCUCAAUCAGACGCAAAACUAGACCAGAUGUCGUUUUUCUUGAUGGAGCUUUGCCUCGUGGAAUAUGAGACGGUCAAAUUCUCGCCAUCAUUCUUGGCUGCAGCUUCAGUGUACACUGCUCAGUGUAGUCUUUAUGGGUUGAAGCAAUGGUCCAGGACUUGUGAAUGGUAUACAAGCUACUCUGAAGAACAGCUUGUGGAAUGCUCGAGGAUGAUAGUGGGAUACCACCAACGAGCAGCAACCGGGAGAUUAACCGGGGUUUACAGAAAGUACAACACUUCGAAGUUUUGCUAUGCUGCAAAGUGUGAGCCGGCUAAGUUUAUUGUAGAGGAGGCACAAUAAUGAAGAGGGUUGUAGUUUAACUUCCUGACUUGUGAAACUUUGGGGGUUGGUUUUAACAACUGAGAUAUUUAGAAAACAAUUUAGCAACUUUUUUCUUGUUGCCCUUAAGCUAUAUUGGGUGGGGGCUUUGUUUACAAUUUCCUUACAUGGUGGUUCAAAUUGUCUGAACAACCAAUUGAACUUAUGAUUUAAUUCUCAUUUUACAAUAAUAAAAAAACUUACUAUUCCAUACAUCAA